AACAUCUGGUGGGUCAUCACUGUCUUUUGGGUCUUCGAUUCCAAAACCUCCCAAAAACAAAAUUACGAAUUUAUAAUUACGAUCACAACUUCCAUUCGAGCACUACAACAGGAGAAUUCUCAAUUCCAGUUCUUGGCAAGAUUUAGUUCCUUUCUAAAUAUUAUUUUCUUUAAAGAAAAAAGUCAUGAGAUUUUUGGGUCUUGUGGGGAACUCCUUUGGGUGCUCAGCCUCUGGUGAGAGGCUUGUUUCAGCUGCAAGAGAUGGUGAUUUUCAAGAAGCCAAAGCUUUAUUAGAAUAUAACCCAAGACUUGCUAAAUAUUACACUUUUGGAGGUCGAAAUUCACCCCUUCAUCAUGCUGCAGCUCAAGGUCAUCAUGAGAUUGUAUCACUUUUGAUCGAAUCGGAGGUUGAUAUUAAUCUCAGAAAUUAUCGUGGGCAGACUGCUUUGAUGCAAGCUUGUCAAUAUGGUCAUUGGGAGGUUGUGAUGACCCUUGUUCUUUACAAAGCCAAUAUUCACAAAACGGAUCAUCUAAACGGAAGCACUGCAUUGCAUUUGGCUGCUCUCAAUGGACAUUCACGUUGCAUACGGAUCCUCCUCGCUGAUUAUAUUCCUAGCAUUUCUAAAUUUUAUAAACUUAUAAAGAAAAGAUCAAGAAUCCAAGAAUUUGUCUCUGAAUCCAAUGAAGGAAACUCACUUUAUGAGAUAAUCAAUAAACCUGCUGAUGGAGGUGUAACUGCUCUUCAUAUGGCUGCACUAAAUGGACAUGUUGACAGUUUGCAUUUACUACUUGACUUAGGGGCUUCAGUGAAUGAAGUCACUGUGGAAGAUGGAACUACAAUCGACUUAAUUGGAGCUGGAAGUACACCUUUACAUUAUGCUGCCUAUGGUGGAAAUCCACAAUGUUGUCAAGUUUUGAUAGAUAGAGGUGCAAGUUUAAGCGCUGAAAAUGCUAAUGGAUGGAGUCCUUUAACAAUUGCUCGAUCAUGGCAUAGAGAUUGGCUCGAAGAAAUACUUAGCACACAACAAGAACAAUCAACCACUCCCCCUUCUCCAUAUUUGUGUCUCCCACUUAUGAGUGUCAUCAAAAUUGCUAGAGAGUGUGGAUGGACCGGUGAUUCGGCUUCGAAUUAUGCCGAUCAAUGUGCUGUUUGUUUGGAAAACAAAUGCACAGUUGCAGCAUCAGGUUGUUUACAUGAACUCUGCACUCAAUGUGCUUUAUACAUCUGUUCCACCAGCAACACCGCAAGUUCACCCACCGGACCACCAGGCUCAAUCCCGUGCCCGCUCUGCCGCCAUGGAAUCGUCUCCUACAAGAAGCUCACAACCACAAAACCGCUACCCCAAACGUUGAAAUCCACCUCAUCCCUCUCAUGCUGCUCGUGUUCUUCAAUGGCGGAGACCGAUUAUGGAAUUGCAAUUGAAACGACUCCCUUAUGCAACCCCAAACCCGAUUCCCGAUCUUUUUUGAGCUCCCAAAAGUUCCCAUCGUUGAAACUAUUGAACCCUAAUCUGUGUAUGCGAGGUUCCGACGUAAUCCCGUCAUUGGUUAAUCGGUCGGCAGAGCGUCCAAGCUUCCGAGCUCAAAUGGCGAGGUAUUCGAGGUCGAGUUUUCGAGGGUCGUAUUCGUAUUCUAAAGGUAGAUUAUGGUUGUGUUCUUUGAAUCAAUCGGUGGAAACUCCCACUGAUUACUCGAGGGAAAGGUAAGAAGAACAUUGGAGAAAUGAUUUUUGCUUCAGAGCUAAUGAUGCUUUUGUAUAUAUAUAUAUUUCCCAUAUUUGCCACAAACAGUUUUUAAUGUAUUGUUUUGUAAAUGAUAAAGAGUGGUGAGAAGAAAGAUUUGUUUGAA